AUGGCCGCCGCCGCUCUCUGCUCCGUUCCCAGCGCCGCCACCCUCCCCUUCUCCCUUGCUCGCCAGCGCCGACGCGUCCGCGCCCUCGACCUCGUCGCGCCCAAGGCGCUGUGCGCCCUCGCCCUCGAAGCCGCGGACGCCACCUCGCCGAGCAGCAACAACGUCGGCCGCGACCCCAACGGAGCUCCUCGUCGCGCCCCCUGCUUCAGUCCACGAGCUCCCUCCUCUGCGUCGAGCCUUCUGCACCGAGCAGGAGCCGCCGCGCCUCGCCGUGGCCACGACGUCGCCCCCGCAUCGUCCUCGCCGCGCCGAGCCCCGACCCCGCAACGCCGUCCUCGCACCGGAGCCGCCCGCCGCGUCGAGCUCCUGUGCGCGACCUCGCCGAGCCGACCACCGCGACGCAGAGCACCGCGACGCCGAAGCCACCCACGACCGCGCCGGCUCGGCCCUGCUCCACUCCGUCGAGCGCUGUCGCCCCAGCCUCCGUCCGCGACCUGCGACGCCGAGCCACCACAGCAACUCCAACCUCGUCAAGCCCUGCUCCAAGCCGUGAGCCGCCUCCGCGCCCACGACGGCGUCGAGCCCUGA